ACCUACCGGGGUACUGUCGCUCCCAGAUCGGAGGGAGGAGAUGUAGAUGUGGUGCGGGCUGCUAAGUAACCCCACCGGCCUGGAACCGAGGGCCGCCGGCUGCUACUCUGCCACCUGCCGAGACUGAGGCGGGAGGGCCUCCUUUUCUCCCCGUCCUCGUUGGACCAUGACACGGGUUUCUCUGUGGUCCUGCUGAAGAACCUGGACUGGGGGUACGAGGUCCUCCUCCCACCCAACCUUACCCCUUACCCUCCCGGACCGCCUCUCCCCUUCCGCCCCCCCUCCUCAAGAAAACCCUAGACCGGCCUCAAGAUGAUGUGCGAGGUGAUGCCCACCAUCUCGGAGGACGGGCGCGGCGGGGGCGGUGGUGGCUCGUCCUCGCCGGUGGGAUCCGGCAGCGGCCUCGGUGGAGGUAUUGGAGGUGGCAUGGGCGGCUAUGGCAGCCGGGACCCCCGUGGCGGUGGGGAUGAAGGGGGCAGUACGGGCAACCUGGAGUCGUUGAUGGUCAACAUGCUGACGGAGCGAGAGAGGCUGUUGGAGAGUCUGAGGGAGACCCAGGACAGCCUAGGAACGGCCCACCUGCGACUACGAGAGCUCGGCCAUGAGAAGGAGUCGCUACAAAGGCAGCUGUCCAUCGCGUUGCCGCAGGAAUUUGCGGUGCUGACCAAAGAGCUGAACCUGUGUCGCGAGCAGCUUCUGGAACGGGAAGAGGAGAUCGCAGAGCUCAAAGCCGAGCGCAACAACACACGAUUGCUUCUGGAGCAUCUGGAGUGUUUGGUAUCGCGUCACGAGCGCAGCUUGAGGAUGACGGUCGUGAAGCGUCAGGCGCAGUCGCCUGCGGGGGUCUCCAGCGAGGUGGAGGUGCUCAAGGCCCUCAAGUCCCUGUUCGAGCACCACAAGGCCCUGGACGAGAAGGUCCGCGAGAGGCUGCGCGUGGCCCUGGAGCGGGUGGCCACGCUGGAGGACGAGCUGCAGUCGUCCUCGCAGGAAGUGGUCUCUCUACGCGAGCAAAUCAAACGACGACAGCAGGGACUCGAUAAAGAGCGGCUUCCCAACGGGCCGUCGUCCAUCUUGGAUGACGGCGAGGUGGACCGGCAGCGCGAAAGUGAGAUCGAAAGACAGCGAUCCGAGUUGGGGCAGCUCAAGGAGAGGCUGGCGCUCAUGUGCAGACAGGUUGGCGAGAUCGAGGAGCAGCUGACGUCUGCCAGGAGAGAACUGACGCGAUCGGAGGAAGCCAACCACAAACUGCAACGAGACGUUAAGGAGGCCCUGUGUCAGCGAGAAGACAUGGAGGAGCGAAUCACCACACUGGAGCGCAGGUACCUAAGUGCCCAGCGGGAGGCGACGUCUCUCCACGAUAUCAAAGACAAGCUGGAGAACGAGCUGGCCAGCAAAGAGUCUCUCCACCGUCAGAGCGAGGAGAAGAACCGUCAGCUUCAGGAGCGGCUGGACGACGCCAAGCAGAAGCUGCAGCAAACCUUGCAGAGGGCCGAGACACUGCCCGAGAUCGAAGCGCAGCUGGCACAGAGGGUGGCCGCCCUCAACAAGGCCGAGGAGCGCCACGGCAACUUUGAGGAGCGACUACGGCAGAUGGAGGCGCAACUGGAGGAGAAGAACCAAGAGCUGCAGAGGGCCAGGCAGCGUGAGAGGAUGAACGACGAGCACAACAAACGUCUCUCGGACACAGUUGAUAAGCUGCUGUCCGAGUCCAACGAGAGGCUACAGCUGCACCUCAAAGAGAGGAUGGCCGCGCUGGAGGAGAAGAACGCUCUUUCUGAGGAGCUGUCCAACAUGAAGAAGAUUCAGGAUGAUGUUCUGGCAAACAAGGACAAGCUCAUUGCAGAGCUGGAACGCCUUCAGCUUGAACUCGAUCAACUGAGAGCCAGGCCCGGAGGCUCUUAUUCCAGUCGAUCUUUGCCUGGCAGCGCUCUGGAGCUGAGGUACUCCCACGGGGGUGGCUCCCUCCCCAUGGGCUCCACCACUCACCUGGACACCUUCGGAAACACAUCCUUGGUCGGCAGGCGAAGCCUCCGAGCUCGAUGGAGCUCCGCCAGGGAGGACUCCACCAAGUACACAGACUGGGAGACGGAGGCACUGCUGGGGUCCGGCUACGACCACGGCGUGGACGUGGUGUGCUCAGACGAUGAGGACGACGGAGACCAUCGCUUCGGGUCCGAGCUGCUGUCACCCAGCGGGCAGACGGAUGUACAGACACUGGCCAGCAUGUUGCAGGAACAGCUAGCGGCCAUCAAUAAGGAGAUCAAACUGAUCCUGGAGGAGAAGGAGAACACGGAGCUGCGGGCCGAGGAAAUUGAGAGCCGCGUCAGCAGCGUGGCCCUGGACAGUCCGCCUAUCCCACCCUCCUCACUGGGGAGGGACAGCGCCGGGCGAGGCUUCAUCCCAUCCUCCAUCACCUCUUCUACCCUGGCCUCGCCAUCGCCGCCCAGUUCGGGGCACUCUACUCCACGCCUUCCCCACUCGCCGGCCCGCGAGAACGACAGACAGAACAACAAAGACGACGAGCGCACCCUGGCCCUCCUCGACUCCACGCCGCCACCCACGCCGCGCGCCCUACGCCUGGACAGGAUGACCCUCACCCACCCGGGGGCCCUGCUGGAUGACCCUCGUGAGUUCCGCAGCCUGUCAGCAGAUGGCAGCAGCUCCAACAGCAGCCAGGACUCCCUGCACAAGGCCAGCAAGAAGAAGAGCAUCAAGUCUUCCAUUGGACGACUUUUUGGCAAGAAAGAAAAGGGCAGGAUGGGACAGCCUGGAAGAGACGCCUCAGCCUCACUCGCCUCAACGCCUUCUGAAGACCUGGCUGCCGGAGACCCCAUGGGCAUGAACAAGACCGGGACUUUGGGACCGGCGGACAAAGACCGGCGCAGCAAGAAAAAGCACGAGCUUUUAGAAGAAGCGUGUCGCCAAGGUUUGCCCUUCGCAUCCUGGGACGGUCCCACCGUGGUGUCAUGGCUGGAGCUGUGGGUGGGCAUGCCUGCCUGGUACGUAGCAGCCUGCCGGGCCAACGUUAAGAGUGGCGCCAUCAUGGCCAACCUGUCGGACACGGAGAUCCAGCGUGAGAUCGGCAUCAGCAACCCGCUGCACCGCCUCAAGCUGAGGCUCGCCAUCCAGGAGAUGGUGUCUCUCACCAGCCCCUCGGCCCCCGCCAGCACACGCUCGUCGACCAGUAACGUCUGGAUGACCCAUGCUGAGAUGGAGUCCUUGAACGCAGCAAUCAAGCCGCCGGAGCUGAAGGAGUUCAGCUGGGAUCAGAUCCUUGCUUAUGGCGACAUGAAUCACGAGUGGGUGGGCAAUGACUGGCUGCCCAGUCUGGGCCUGCCGCAGUACCGCAGCUACUUUAUGGAGUCGCUGGUGGACGCCCGUAUGCUGGACCACCUCACCAAGAAGGAGCUGAGAGGGCAGCUCAAGAUGGUGGACAGUUUCCACAGGGUGAGUUUGCAUUACGGCAUCAUGUGCCUCAAGCGCCUCAACUACGACCGCAAGGAGCUAGAGAGGCGGCGGGAAGACAGCGCGCACCACAACAAAGAUGUGAUGGUUUGGUCAAACGAGCGCGUAAUGUGCUGGGUGCAGACGUUGGGCCUGAAGGAAUACGCCGACAACCUUCGCGAGAGCGGUGUCCACGGCGCCCUGCUGGCUCUCGACGACACCUUCGACUACACCGACCUGGCGCUGCUGCUGCAGAUACCCAAUCAGAACACACAGGCCCGCCAACUCUUGGAGCAAGAGUACAACUCGCUCAUCUCCAUGGGAACCGAGAGACGCCCCGAUGAAGACGGCACCAAGACGUUCACGCGCUCGCCAUCGUGGCGCAAAAUGUUCCGCGAGAAGGACCUGCGGGGCGUCACCUCGGACUCGGCCGAGACCCUGCCUGCUAAUUUCCGUGCCUCCGCCAUCGCCACGCCCUCCGUCACCCUCAGGAAGGUCCAGAGCGACGCCAGCUCCAGUGCCCGGGGUGAAUCUGCCUCCGUGAGGACGUACUCGUGUUGAGGGGACGACUUAGGAGGCGUCGAUCACACUGGGAACCUCUGACUCACUGAAGAAUGACUCUAAGGAAGACAAAGAAGAAGGACUCCCACACAAACCACUCAACUUCAGGCCAGUUGUGCUCCGAGCAUUCUGCAAUAACUUGAACGGGACGGAGGUGACCCGAUGAUUUCCACAAUCUUUUUCUCAGCACAGGAAGUCCAAAUUUUCUCUCUGUGGCCGCUCUUUGUUUGAAUAUUUGUUACACAAAGCAACUUGCGAUGCCUUUGUUGCCGGGGGUGGGGGGGGGGGGAUCUCUGAGCAUCCCCAAUUGAUGUGGGUAGUAAAACAUGUCCAGCAUUGAGCGGCAGACCACAUCACAGCCACGCCGCUCUUCUGCGUCCUUUUGUCUCGAGCACCUUGAAAGCCGAUCCGACUUCCUUUGAAGGCAUCCCAUAAUAAUAGAGUUGAAAGGCUCCGAGUGAGUGAGGGGGGCCAGUCACACAGGCAUCGGGUUCGACUGUUUCCUGACAAUUUCAUGCAGAGAGCCCAAUGGUAGAGCCGGAAUUGAUCAACCUGUGCCUUUAACACAAAACCUAGCGUAGUGCAAUACAGUCGGCAGUUUUUGCAGGGCGUGGCCUUGUCAGACUGGGUUUUUCAGAAUUUGGGUCAAAGAGGUACUCUUUAGCUGUGGGACAAAUUUGAACAGACACUAUGUGGACAAUCGGUCAAUUAAUCCAUAAACUGGUCUUAUUGUUCUUGUAAUUGAGACAUUUUGGACAAUUACAAAUGUGCAAAUUUAUGGGCUAUUCAAUGAAAAGUGUUUGGGAUUUUGGGCAAGUUGUUGAAAGCGCACUCCUUCGUUGGGAUCUUUUGGUGAAAGAUGAAUGACAAGAGGGGCCACAGAGACAAAACAGAUUAAAAGAAAAUGGACGGACAAAAAGAAAGGGACAGACUCAAGCCGCUCAUUUUACACACACUCAGACAAGCCAUAAGAGAACUCUCUGGAAGGGGGUGAGUAAAGGGGUGAGUAGGAAGCCCAGGAUACAAAACCUUUAGCCUCCGUGUUUACGAUGCAUGUCUUAAAACAGAAAAAACGACAAGGGGAAAAAUAAACAAGACGAGGAGAUAUUUUGUUUUUUGCCCUCAACAGCGAAGACAGCAAGUUGUGGUUCAAAAUAACAAACAAAAUAUUUAAAAAAUAACAACAAAGUAUGAUACAUCUACAAUGGGGGGGGGGGGGGGUCAAUUUGUAAAAUGUGUGUAAUUUUUUUCAGUUGUAUUUUUUAUUUUUUACGACGACUAUUUAUUUUUCUUGAGGUAUGUAUUGGAUAAAUGUGAGUACAUGUAUGUCCUUGUUCCCACUCUCUCUCAUGAACACUCAUUUUGGAGCUAGGCCGAACGGUCACACUUCCCAUCGGAAGGCGGCCGUUCCGCUCGCUAGCGCUGCCGUUAACGUGUCUAUUCUGACGACAGGUCGUGCAGUGAUUGCAGAUUUCCAUGAUUAAAAAGUGAUCGUAAUACAAAACUCAAGUUAUCCUAUAUGGAAAAUGAAAAAAUAUGAUGAAAAUGGUGAUGUAAAAAACAACAACAAAUAAAGCAAUCCCUGGGGAUCUGCUCAUCAUACAAAAGUGGCUCUCGGUUCUUGCGUUAUUAAGUAUGAAAAAAAAUAUAUAGCAGCCCCCUACAUUGAUGACGUUGAAGUGCGACCGUUUAUUGAAAAUAUA